AAAGAAAUCCCACAAUGCAUUGCGUGAGAUUAGCAAAGAUGGCCGCAUUUCCGUUGUUUUUGUGAACUUUUGUACUUUGUUCUUUGGUGCAAAUACAUUCCAUUUUCUCACUUCUUCUUCAAGUUGAUAAGUUAACUUACUGUUGUUUAGGACCGUAGCCCUGAUUGUUUGCGCGUGUUGUUACAGGGCGUCGUGGCGUUUGCUAACGGAUAUAUCUCGCGUCAGUUAACCGUCAGCGGUAACGUUAACGGACAGGAGACAGGAGUGACAGCGGCUCCGAGACAUCUCAAAUAUGAAGGAGGCUUUGUCCCUGGUUCAGAGACUGAGCGCACACCCGGACUCCCGGUGCUGGUUCGUCAGCUGGAGCCCGACUGGGACGCUGCUGGCCUCAUGCGGGGGCGACAAGGCCAUCCGGAUAUGGGGACGAGAAGGUGACUCUUGGAUAUGUAAGAGUGUGCUUCAGGAUGGACACCAGCGCACUGUGAGGAAAGUGGCGUGGUCUCCCUGUGGGAAUUAUCUGGCCUCUGCCAGCUUUGAUGCAACCACAUGCAUCUGGAAAAAGAAGAACGAUGAUUUUGAGAGUUUGACUGUGUUGGAAGGACAUGAAAACGAGGUCAAAUGUGUGGCGUGGGCACCUUCAGGGAAUCUGCUGGCAACAUGUAGCCGAGACAAGAGUGUCUGGGUCUGGGAAGUGGAUGAAGAAGACGAGUAUGAGUGUGUUACCGUCGUAAACUCUCACACACAAGAUGUAAAGCAUGUUGUGUGGCACCCGACCCAGGAGCUCCUGGCUUCAGCCAGCUACGACAACAACAUUUGUAUUUACAAGGAAGAGGAUGAUGACUGGGAGUGCCGGGCCACCUUGCAAGGACACACAUCCACAGUCUGGGGUUUGUCUUUUGAUGGAACUGGACAGAGGCUGGCCUCCUGCAGCGACGACCGCACCGUGAAGAUUUGGAAGGAGUAUCCAAAUGAAAGUGGACAGGGAGACUUGUCAUGGAAAUGUGUUUGCACUCUGUCUGGAUACCAUGGACGGACAGUGUAUGAUGUCGCCUGGUGUCGGCUGACUGGUGCCAUGGCAACCGCCUGCGGUGACGAUGCAGUGCGAGUGUUUAAGGAGGAUGAGACAGCCGAUCCAGACCAGCCCGUGUUCUCGCUGGCCGCACAGGUGGCCAAAGCGCACAGCCAGGAUGUCAACUGUGUCGCCUGGAACCCAAAGGAGGUGGGACUCCUGGCCUCCUGCAGCGAUGAUGGAGAUAUCGCCAUCUGGAGGUUCCAAGAGGAACACUGAACGCUGAUCAAUAUAACUGGCCUCUCACUGAACAAAAACAGUUAUUGCAAGUUACACUGGGAACUGUGUGGUCCUGAGGUCACCGCACAUAAUGUUGUUAAUUCAACUUUUACAGCUUAUCUGAUAGCUCUGCAGGAUUCAGCUUGAUGUUACAGUGUAUAAAUGUGUCACUUGUCACGUCUAUUUCUGAACUGAUAAUAAUGCCUCAGCGCACCCUGUGCUUUUUGAGUCUACAUAUUUCGUUUUAAGUGCUCAAUUAAGAAUUUACUGACAUUUUAUGUUUAUAUGAAUAAAUAUAUAUAAAAACAA